AUAAAAGGGUUGCCCAGGAGCCACAGGGCUGCAUUUCCACCUCAUGCUGAAAAGCCUGGGACCAAGGAUGGAGAGAGGCUGGGGAGUCCUAAUGAUGCUCGGGGUGGCCGUAGCAACCACCACGUCACCUCUGCCGCAGACACGGAGCUAUGAAGUGGCAGUUUCUCAUGCUGUUGACCUCUACAACCAGAAGGCACCUGGAGACUCUCUCUUCCGGCUCCUAGAGGCAGACCCUCAGCCUGGAUGGGACGAAAAUUCUCAAAGCACUCAAGAGCUGAACUUCCUCAUUAAAGAGACUGUGUGUCCAGUGUCGGAGAAAGCUGUCACGGAGCAGUGUGACUUCAAAGAGGAUGGGCUGGUGAGAGACUGUUCAGGUUACAUCUUCCCUGAGCAGCAGCCGGCCACCAUCCUGAUCACCUGUGACACAGUGGCUGAGGAGCCUACUCGUGUCCGGCGGUCCAGGUUUGGAAGAUUUUUCAAAAAAGUGAGGAAGCAGCUCGGCCGUGUUCUCCGCCACUCCCGCAUCACAGUUGGGGGACGAAUGAGAUUCUAAGGCAGAACAGGGAGAAAGGCACAAACAUCCCCACAGCCACUUCUGCUCCUUGUGUCUGAGCUGUGCAUCUGAUUCGAUCCUGUCCCUUCGAGUCUCAAUACAAUAAAUGGUCAUUUUCAGUG